AUGGAGGGGCUGUGGCCACCCCUGUGCCUCACCCGAGCCCAGAGUGAGGUGACCUCCAGGACACAAAGGAAGUGCCCUUCACCUUUCAAAAGGAAGAAAGCAAAGCAAGGAGCUAAUGGGAGGCAGGAGGCGCAGCAGCAGCAGCCUGGCAGCAAGGCUGUCCCAUCAGCAGUGCCCACGUAUGAGGAUGUCCCAGAUGUCCCUGUGUAUGCCACGGUGAGCAGGAGGGGAGUCCAGCAGGAGGAGAGCAUCCACUACGCCGACAUCCAGGUGUUGUGCAGGGCCCAGCAGCGCUCAGCCGCCCCGGUGAGGAGCCUGCAGCAGCACCAGCCCACCGAGUACGCCACCCUCAACUUCCCCAGGGCCAGGCUCAAGUACGACAGCAAAAACGGGACCUUGGUCUGAGAGAAACCAGGGCCUCGUGCUGCUGCUCUGGCAGGGAAAGGAGCUCGAACCAUGGACUCCUCCUUCAGGAGGAAAAGGAGCUCACCCCAUGGCCUUGUCCUGCUCCUCUGGAAGGAAAAGCUCAGCCCAUGGCCUUGUCCUGAUCCUCCAGCAGGGAAAGGAGCUCAGCCCAUGGACUCCUCCUUCAGGAGGAAAAGGAGCUCAGCCCAUGGAUUCAUCCUCCAGCAGGGAAAGGAGCUCACCCCAUGGCCUUGUCCUGGUCCUCCAGCAGGGAAAGGAGCUCAGCCCAUGGACUCCUCCUUCAGGAAAGGGAGCUCAGCCCAUGGACUCCUCCUUCAGGAGGAAAAGGAGCUCACCCCAUUGACUCAUCCUCCAGCAGGGAAAGGAGCUCAGCCCGUGGCCUUGUCUUCCAUCAGGAAAAGGAGCUCAUCCCAUGGCUUCAUCCCUCAACAGGAAAAGGAGCUCACCCCAUGGACUCCUCCUUCAGGAAAGGGAGCUCAUCCCAUGGCUUAAUUGUCCAUCGGGAAAAGGAGCUCACCCCAUGGCCUCCUCCUCCUUCAGCAGGAAAGGGAGCUCAGCCCAUGGCCUUGUCCUGCUCCUCCAUCAGGGAAAGGAGCUCACCCCAUGGCCUUGUCCUUCAGCAGGGAAAGGAGCUCAGCCCAUGGUUUCAUCCUCCUCUUCCAUCAAAAAAAGGAGCUCACCCCAUGGCCUUGUCUUCCAUCAAAAAAAGGAGCUCACCCCAUGGCCUCAUCCUGCUCCUCCAUCAGGGAAAGGAGCUCACCCCAUGGACUCAUCCUACAGCAGGGAAAGGAGCUCACCCCAUGGCCUUGUCUUCCAUCAGGAAAAGGAGCUCAGCCCGUGGCCUUGUCCUGCCCCUCCUGAAUUCAGCACUAAAGGGAGGUUCUGCUGCUGCCUUUGGGAAUUCAGAAAUUCAGGACUAAAGUGAGGUUUUGGUGCUCCCUUUGGGGAGUCAGGAAUUCAGCACUAAAAGCACUAAAGGGAGGUUUUGGUGCUGCCCUUGGGAAUUUGGGAAUUCAGGAAUUCAGCACUAAAGGGAGGUUCUGGUGAGGGUUUUGUGUCAGUGUUAAAGCUCUGAGCCUGCAGAGUGACUCGUGGCUGGUGCUGUGAGGAGAUCAGACCUUCAGCAGGAUCUGCUGCUCCUGCAGGUGCAGCCAGGCCCUGGUGCAUCCCCUUGCCCCAAAAUCAGUGCUGUGCAGCCAUGCACGGUACCUGGCAGCCAGAAAUGCACAAUUAGGAGGGCACAGAAGGAUUUCUGUCACUGCUGGGCUGCUCAGAGGUGCAUCCUCUGUGCAAACAAGUGAGGAGUGAGCUCCUGGCUCGGGCUGGAAGUGAAACAAGGGAAAAUUGGCGGUUUAGCUGCAGAUCAGUGCCUAUUUUUAGGGCAGUUCUCUGAGUCCAGCAGCUGCCUGGGGAACUGGGAAUGAACCCUGGGCAGCCUCAGAGAAGACUUUGGACUUUGCCUCCACUUUUCCCUCAUUUUGUGCUGUCAGCCCUUGUUGUAAACCCCAGUGACACCGAGCACACACCCCGUGGGGCUGCCAGCUCCACCUCUGUUUGUGGGUUUGCAAGAGUGUCAAUAAUUCAGCGUAGCAAUGGUCCAAACUGGGCAGCACUGGCACCAGGGCUCCCCAAACCCCUUCUGCAGGCACUAAAGCAAGGCUGGCACAUUCUGCUCCUCAGUCAGGGCCUGCAGAGCAGAUUCUGGGGCAGCCCCAGUCACUGGCAGCGUUUAGAGAUGGAGAUUUUAUUAUUAACACAUAGAACUUUGCAGGGAUGGUUCCUUUUAUAAACACAAACAACUCUGCAGGGAUGGUUCCUUUUAUAAACACACACAAGUUUUCAUUUUACAACUCAGCUGGGUGGGAAAAGCAUGAAGGAGUUCCUGCUCAUGAUGAAAAAUAAAGGUGCUCCAGGCUGUGUUUGCCGAGGUGGGAGUGUUUGAGGACCAAUAUUCCCAUUUUUCCUACGUGUUUUAAUGAGUGCCCGAGCCCCUGGAAGGGUUCUUAUCUGCCAUUUCCUGAGGAGCUGCUGCUUCCACACCACCCUUGGGCUGUUCCUGGAAGUGCAGGACAAUUCUGUGCUGAUCCUAAGACAAUUCCAUGUUCAUCCUGGAGACAAUUCCAUGUUCAUCCUGGAGACAAUUCCAUGUUCAUCCUGGAGACAAUUCCAUGCUCAUCUUUGUCACUAUAGGACACAAAACAACACGAGUGCACACUGCUGCUCUCAAGGUAAAGAAAAAGGGAAGUUUAUUUUCUG